UUUUACACAAUGCUGUCAUUGCGCAGCUUAGGAACAUGGUGAAUUUGUAUAUAUGACACGUGUUAGCUGCUCAGAAAUGGCAACCGCUAGUCAGGUUACAGAACUCGGUUUUCUGCAGGAGACAGAAGCGUGGCGACUGCGCAGCCCUCAGUUCCCCAGCAAAGUCGGGGGGCGACCUGCUUGGCUGGGGGAAGUUGGCGUGCCAGACCCUGCGGCUUUGCAGUGCGGACUGUGUGGGAAGCCAUUGGCAUUUCUCUUGCAAGUGUACGCGCCUUGUCCUGGCAGUUUCCACAGGACUAUUUUCAUUUUUUGCUGCCGCAAUGGUAGUUGCCACAGAGAAUCAGAGACCCGGUGUUUUAAAGUUUAUCGGAAUCAGCUGCCCAGGAAGAACGACACCUAUUCCUACGGCCCUCCUCCAGAAACAGGCUCACCUGAUGGAGUAGGCUACAUUAGCUUUGAGUUGAAAUGUGGCCUUCGUCUUUGCAGAGUCUGUGGUUGUUUGGGGCCCAAAACAUGCUCAAAGUGUCACAAAGUUAAUUACUGCAGUAAAGAGCAUCAGCUGAUGGACUGGAAAUUACAGCACAAAAAAGUAUGCAAUGAGAAGUUUGAUGUAUCUAGUGUUACAGUUGGAGAUCAUGGGUUUCUGUUUCCUGAAUUUGAGAUUGUUACUGAACCUGAGGAUAUGGAGGGUGAUGGCAAAAGCGAAGAUGAAGAGGAUGAAACAGUGACAGAGCAUGAUACCCAAAUUUUACCAGCAGGGAUUGAAACCUCUGUGGAUGGCUUAAAUCUUGAUGAGCAAGAACUCGAAUCAAUGGCAAAGCAUGAGACAAAAGAAGAUAUGGUGUUUAGUAAUUUUAAGAAAAGUAUUGCUUUGGAACCAGAGCAGGUUUUGAGAUACUGCAGAGGUAGUGAUCCACUAUGGAUUUCACACAGGCAUAUUCCUUCUGAGAAAGAUAUUCCAGACUGUUCCUGUGGAAUGAAAAGACAAUUUGAAUUUCAGGUUAUGCCACAACUUCUGAAUCAUCUAAAAGUGGACAGCCUUGGAGAAAGUAUUGACUGGGGGGUUCUAGCUGUAUUUACUUGUGCUGCCAACUGCAGUGGAGAGAAACCAUAUGCAACAGAGUUUUUAUGGAAACAGGAUAUUGCUGGUGACACACUGUGAAAAUGUAUAUGUAUAUGGCUUUAUCCUUGUAGUUUUCUUUAUAUGAUAAGAAAAGUAUAUGGUUGUCACUAAAAUCUUUUCUGAGAUUGUAUCUUCUGCUGUGGAUAACGGUGUAUGGUAAAUUCAUUUCCAUCCAAAAACAUGAAUGUAAGAAAAAAAUCUUACUAGGCUAAUAAGGUUUUGAUUACUUGCAAUUUAUAACAAUGUAAACACUGUUGAUACACUAGAUUCUUAGUGUAUGCUGUUGCAUGCUUGAAAUUAAAUGUAUGCUUGUGCAUAUUAUAACAAACCAUGUUUAAUAACUUCAUAAAGCUUAACAGGAUGAAGUGACAUUUACAUCCUUAAAAUAGGACCCACAGAAUAGCUCUGUAAGGGUUAAACAACUUUCAUUUGAAUGUUCUUAGAAAGAGUCUAGUGUCCAGUAAUCCACAUAUUGUACACGUUCACCUGCUUUUGUCUAUACUCUAAGAGACACGCAAGUUAGCUAUACAAACAAAUUGGGUUGAUGGCCAGUGGUUGGAUCCUAAUGUGGGCCAAAUCAGGUUGUAGGCAACAAUCAGAUCAUAUUGCAAAAUCAUGGUGAUGGCCAAUGACCGUAUUGGAUGGAUGGGGACUGCAUUAACACACCAGAUUUUUAUACAGAGAGAUGAUUUUCCUUGUCCACAACUAUGGUGUAAUAUAUAUAAUGUAUAUAUAUUUUAUAUAAUAUUAUUGAAAUAAUAAACAUACAAGCUACAAACAGGGUCAUUACAUCUGACAUGUGUGGCCAUAGUUUCCAUAAUCUCCAUGUUUAUUUGUACCACAGAUAUAGUUUGCUUGUCCCCUAUCCAUGCACAGCUCCUUCUCAUAAGAGUUCAUUUAUAAAGUGGAAGGCAUAGUGCAAAUUGCCAAAAAAAAGUUCAAUUCAUCAGUUUUUUUUUUUUUUUUUUUAUAAACUUUGUACGCUGCCUUCCACUCUGUUUGAAUUGCUGCUGACCCCAUGAAUACAGUGCUGGUUGCAUUCCCCCUUCCACCCCUUAACUUGUAUAUGUAAAAACCCUGCUUCAUGUAAAUAAACAGUUUUCAUAAAUAUAUA